AUGGAUGGCAUGAUGAACCUCCUGAGGGGAUUCAAAAAUGAGCAAAAUCGAAAAUUUGAUGCCCUCCAGGAUUCUAUUUCCGGGAUACAGGUACAGCAGAAAGAGAAGCUUAAAGCCUUACAGCAAAAUACAGAUGAAAUAAGGAAGCAAAAUGAUGCUAUACACGUGUCCAUGGAGUACCUUCUGCAGGAGAACACCGAAUUAAAAAAGAAAGUGCAAAAAAUAGAAAGCGAACAGAAAGAAAGCACUGCUUACAUACAUACCCUGGAGAACAGGAUUGAGGUCAUGGAGCGACAAGGUAGAUGCUCAAGUAUUGAGAUUCGUAAUGUGCCGGUGACGAAAUCAGAAAGCAAAGAAGACCUUCUAAAUAUUGUACUGAGCAUAUCGACUGCCCUGAAAAUGAAAGCGUCUGUUACGGAUUCAGGCAGAUUUAGAAAAUAUACCAAAGACGAUGAUGACGAUAAUAUUUUACUGUUAUAG